ACAAGGUUCUGGGCAUUUCCCUUUAAAAAUGAAGAGAAGCUGUCAGAGCUAACUCACAUAAUAUUUUACAAUGGCUACGGAGCAAGUGGAUAAAGUGAAUUUCGUUAAUGUUCCUGGCGGCUUUAAACCAGGGGAGACUCUAUUGGUGUUUUACAAACUGGCUGACGGCUAUGAAGUUCAUGGCCGCGACUGGGUAGGUCUGUUUCGCGUCGGCUGGUCCUCGAGCAGAGACUAUUAUACGUUUGAAUGGGCUUCUACUAAAGACGAGGAAGGGAGGGAAAGAUCAGUGAGGUUCACUGGAUCUCGUCUGCCACCAGAUGAUGGACAGUUUUAUCAAUUUUGUUAUGUUAGUAAGAGCGGGGCCAUAAAAGGAGCUAGCCGUCCUUUUCAAUUCUCUGCUUCUGUUAGGGGAGCUGUUUCUGAGGAUAUGGAAGUAGUUGAGAUUAACGAAGAAGACAGUUUGGUUCUCUUGCGUUCAAAACAAGACGCGCAAGUGUCUGAGCUUGAGAAAAAAGUCACAGAAUUGAUGCAAACAAAAGUUAAUGUUGAAGAAUCUUUUGUGAAAGUGAAAACAGAAAAUGAAAGGGUCCUCUCUGAAAAGACUGAGCUGGAAAAUGAAAUGAAAGAGUUGCUAGUCGAGGUUGAAGAUGCUAGGAAAGAAAUUGAAGAAAAAAUAGCUGAAAUUGCUACUCUAAAAGAAGACAUAGCAGGCAAAAAUGCAAUUAUUUCAAAUCUAAACACCGUCAUUGAAGACUACAAGCAGAAGCUGCUGUCAUUUGAGGACACCUUCAAGGAAAGGGGACACGAGUUUGAGCAGCUACAGAAAUCAAAGGAUGCUCUUAAACACGAGCUUGAUGAUGUGACCUCUCACCUCCAACAGAUACAAGUCUUCAGUGACAGGAAAGAGGAUGAGCUGAUUGCUGCUCAAAACACAAUCAAGCAAUUAAAAGAAGAGAAUGAAACCUUGCAGACAGAGAAGGUUGAGUCUGAGACUCUUCUACGCACACAUUGCAGCCAAUUGGAGGAAAGCCAGAGGAAACUGGAGGAGGACAAGGAAGCAUUGAUUGGUCGCAGUGAGUACUAUGAGGCUGAAGCAGAGAGAAAUCAACAGACCAUUGAAGUGAUGAAAGUACAGGUGUCCAGUUUGGAAAAUGAUUUGAGCGAGCUCAACAAAGAAUUGGAUAAAGAGAAGGCAGAGAAUCAAAGUCUUGCAAAGCAGCUUGUCUCCAAAGAGCAAGAGUACAACGUGAUGCAACAGAAUGUCUGUGAGAUGGCCGGUAAUAUCAAAGAGCCACGAGACAGUCUACCUGACGUGCCAGUCACUGAUAAAGUUGAUAAAUCUGUCUUUGAUGCUAUGCGAAUGGCUUUUGAAGAUAUAGGUGAUCAACUGAAAAAUGAGAAAAAAAUUAAUCAUUCACAAAAAAGAAAAAUAGCCGAAAUGGAGCAGAGGAUUAAGUUAUGUCAAGAAGAAUACAGAAAUAUUGCAACAGAAAAUGCUCACUUGCAAAAGAAAUUCAAAAAGAGUGGUAGCUCUACUCCUACUGGCAGCACUCAACCAAGUGAAAAGGCAAAACUAGAGCAUGAGCUUGAGCAGUUCCAGUUGAUGCAUGACAGGAAAAUAGCAGAGAAAAAUGAAGUCGUUGAGCAACAAAAAGAAGAAAUAGAAACGCUUGAGGAGGAGAAUAGAAAGCUACACGAUAAAGUGGAUGGAUUGACUCACCAGGAAACAGCAAUGAAGAGAAGUAUUGAGACUCUUAACGUGGAGAAUGAGCAACUCAAGAAACAGCUAAGGGAAAUAAAGCAAAGUCUACCAAAAUACACUCCACCUACUGCCCCUCCUCCUCCCUAUGGUCCUGGCUAUAGACCUGACUCAAGAACAGUCCAUCCACCAGCACCUCAGAGACCACCACAUCAUGGAGGCUAUGCUGCUCCUACUCAGCACUGUAUUCACCCUCAACCACAGCCGUUUGACCGUGAUGGGGCAAAUGGAACACGUCAGUGUCCGAUGUGUCAACUUGCUUUUCCAGCAAGGACCUCUCAGCAUGUGUUUGAACAACACGUGAACAGUCAUUUUGGUAAUUGAAUUUAAAAAACUAAUGUACCUAACUUUAUUGUGUUUACAUGCACUAUUAUGAUCUUGUACAUGUAAAUAGCUGUUAUUUCUGUGUCAAUGGUAUUAUUCUCAAAAAAUUAUUACUCUAAUUCAAAA